AUGUUGUGGGAGCAAGGGAUAACUGCAGGUCCAGCUACCCAGAACUACAUGGCGGUCACGCAGGCAAGGCUUCCACUGGUAGUGCCUAACAACACGACGUUUCAGCAGCUCCAGCACGUGGACACACAACAGGCAGCAAUUGACUCUGCAAUGCAAGAAGGCCAACAGCUAGCGACUACAGAGUACCAUCUUGUGCGCGUCAAGAUACAAGGCGUCCCAGUCGCAAUGGAAGUGAACAUCAGCGAUAUCCGAUCUGCACUAGGGCUCCCUGACUACAGUUUGCGCCCACCAUUUAGAGAGCCCCCAGCCGUUUCCACACCUGCUCCUGCUGGCAACAUGGAUGACAGUGAUUAUUUGGAUAGCUAA